GGUCUCUCUCUGUCACUCCAUUCUGUCCACUUCAGUUUUUGGUUCAGUAGGCCGCAGGUGGGCUCAUUGAUCACAGUAGAAUUUUCUAGGAGAAGGGUCUCUCCGGUCCCCAACCCUCACUGUCAAAGUUGGGUGGAUUUGAUCAGAUUUUGUUUUCAACUGUUUUCCCUUUCGAUGUUAAAGUUUGGGGCUUUCUUUCUUUCUGCUCAUUAUCACUGACCCUGGAUGGCUUGCAUAAUUGGUUAUUAUUGGGUGGUCUUUCUGAAUGUGUGAAAUGGAAGUUUCUGUGGGAAUAAAUAGCUUUGUCCUUUUGUUGUUUUUCUUCCUCGGUUCUUCUUCUGAAGUGGGUUUGUAGCUGAUUUGUAGAAAUUUGUUAGUCUCUUAAGGGAGAUGGGUUGCAGACGCACUGUUUCUGGAAUUUCCUCAUGGCAGUUCCCAGUUGCCUUUCCACCUGGAGGAUUAACCAGUUACUUGUGGGAUUUGUGUACUUGUAUGCUACCGACUUAGCUGAUUAGCUGAAAACAGGAAAAGUGCUUAAAAAGCUUUGCAAACUCUCUUCUUCUGUGCGGCAAUGGUGGGGUUCCAGAAGUCUGCAGUAGUAGUCUUAGUUUCCCUGAUCAUCUCCCUUUCAAUUAAUCACUCAGACCAACUCCAGUCGUCCCAGGGUCAAACCCUCAUAAGGAUUCAACACCUUUUGAACAAUCCACCCGUCCUAAGCACCUGGAAAAGCUCAACUGAUUUCUGCAGCCUAGAUCCCACUUCAUCUGUAACUGUGGUCUGCUACCAGGACACCAUAACCCAGCUCCACAUCAUUGGAAACAAGGGAAGAUCUCUUCUCCCUAGAAACUUCUCCAUGGAAUCUUUUGUCACAACUCUGGUAAGUCUUCCAACCCUGAAAGUCCUCACACUAUCUUCUCUUGGUUUAUGGGGUUCACUACCUGGCAAAAUUGCUCGGUUGUCAUCUUUGGAAAUUCUCAACAUGAGCUCCAAUUUUCUAUAUGAUACCAUCCCUGGAGAGCUCUCAUCACUGUCUACCCUCCAAUCACUGGCACUCGAUGAUAACAUGUUUGCUGGGGAGCUGCCACAUUGGCUUGGGUCGCUCCCGGCAUUAUCUGUUCUUAGUUUGAGGAAGAACAUGUUUAAUGGGACAUUACCUGAUUCAUUAAGCAAUUUGGAGAAUCUCAGAGUUCUUUCACUUUCACACAACUACUUUCGUGGUGAAGUACCGGACUUUAGCAGGUUGACCAACCUUCAGGUGCUUGAUUUAGAAGAUAAUGACUUUGGGACCGAGUUUCCUCAGCUCGGGAACAAGUUGGUCACUUUGGUUUUGAGCAAGAACAAGUUCAGAGAUGGACUCCCUACUGAAAUAAGCUCUUACUAUCAGUUGGAACGGCUUGAUCUCUCCAACAAUAACUUUGUGGGCCCAUUUCCGCCGUGUUUGUUGGCAUUGCCUUCUGUUACUUACUUAAACGUGGGGAGCAACAAGUUCACUGGAAUGCUCUUUGAGAACCAAUCAUGUAGUGGUGAGCUGAAGUUCGUUGACUUGUCAUUCAACCUUCUAACUGGACAUCUACCUAAGUGUCUUCACUCCAAGAAAACUAUUAUAUCUGAUGGAAACUGCCUGGAAAUUGGAGAUGAUCAAAGCCAAAAACCGGUUUCAUUCUGUCGCAAUGAAGCCUUAGCAGUUGGUGUCAUUCCACAUAUGAAGAAUAGGGAAGGAAGAAGCUCUAAAGCAGCAAUUAUUGCCCUGGGUGUAAUUGGUGGAGUUGUUGGAGGCAUUGCACUUGUUACUUUGAUUUUCUUGUUGGUUAGAAAGGUGAGCGCCUCGAAGGAAAUCAAGAAAUAUCCGACAAGGCUAAUUAUGGAGGAUGCAUCAACUGGUUACCCGUCCAAGUUGCUUCAAGAUGCAAGUAAAGUUUUACAGUUUCAUCUCCCCUCCUCUAUGUUCACAUCCGCUUUACUUUUUGAUGAUACCAUAUCCAUUGAGACUGAACGAAUGACCUUACUGUGCAGUUGAAUAACUUUACAAUUGGGAGUUGGUUGCUUCAUUUUUUCUGUAUAAGCUAGUUUGAAGUGUUGUUGGAUCAGAAAUGAAAAUAUGGUAACCCGUUAUGUUUCUUCCACCAUGAAGGAUAUAUAUCUCAAACAAUGAGACUAGGAGCACUUAGCCUCCCAGCAUAUCGGUCCUUUUCGUUGGAAGAGAUCGAGGAGGCUACGAACAACUUCGAGUCAUCAGCAUUCAUCGGCGAAAGUUCUCAAGGACAGAUGUACAAGGGUAAGCUGAAGGAUGGAUCUUAUGUAGCAAUUAUAUGCCUGAAAAUGAAAAGAAGCUACAGCACACAAACAUUCAUGCACCAUAUAGAGCUGAUCUCAAAGCUGAGGCACAAACAUCUGGCAAGUGCUCUAGGCCACUGCUUCGAGUGCUACUUGGAUGAUUCGAGCGUCAGCAGAAUAUUUCUCAUCUUUGAACAUGUAUCAAAUGGGAACCUAAGGAGCUGGGUCUCCGAGAGGCACACUAGGCAAAAGCUGAACUGGACACAAAGGCUGGCUGCUGCAAUUGGGGUGGCCAAAGGGAUGCAGUUUUUGCACACAGGGAUUGUGCCUGGUGUAUAUGCAAACAAUCUGAAGAUAACAGAUGUUCAGCUGGAUCAGAACCUUGUGGCAAAAAUUAGCAGUUAUAACCUGCCAUUACUUGCAGAGAUCACAGGACAGGUCGGCCGCAUGACUUCUUCAGCUGGCUCCAAGAACCCUGCAAGGACCAAUCAAGAAGCGAAAGCUGAGGUCUACGAUUUUGGCAUCAUACUCUUAGAGAUCAUCGUGGGGAGACCAUUGGAAUCUAGGAAUGAAGUAGAUGCAGUAAAAUACCAACUGCAAGCAGCUAUUGCAUCAGAUGCAGCGACGAGGAGAAGCAUGGUUGAUCAAGCUGUUCAAAGGGGAAGCUCUAUUCAGUCGGUGAAGACGACAAUGGAGAUCUGCAUGAGGUGCCUAAACAAGAACCCUGGGGAUAGGCCUUCCGUGGAGGACGUGCUGUGGAACUUGCAGUUUGCUGCUCAAUCUCAGAGCACUGAAGUAUCUCCUUCCUCGCCUGCACAGUUUAAUUAACAACCACGUCUCAGCACCAUAGAAUCACGAAGUCAGAAUUCAAGAAAUGAGUUCAAAUAUGGCUGUACCAUGGAAUUGUCUAAAUAGUAUAUAAGCUAUAAUUUAUAUAUACAAGAUCAUCGGAGUGUACCCAACAAGUGUGUAUUAAACUAUCACAUUAAUGCAAGUCAUUUGUAAUUUUGAUGUGGACCGUUGUUACUUCAUCCAUUUUAUUAGUCAGAUCACGGGUUACUUUAGUAACGCAUUCAA